AUGGUCUCCCACCUUUCGCUUCUCAUUGUUAUUAUUACAGCAAAAAAUAGUCCCACAUACUCAUCCGGUCUUGCGAAAUAUAAAAUUUCUCAAGAAUUAUCUCAAACAAUUAAAUUCAAAUAUUUCUUCUUUACGAAUCAAUCACCUCAAAUAUUUACAAAUAGUGAUAUUGUAUUUAUUGCAGGUAAAUACAUUGUUAAAAACUCUGAACUAUGCUUUACAAUUACAUAUUCAAGCAUUGUUGAUAGUAAUAAUCCAAACUGUGAGUUUGAUGCAUCUGCUCUUUCUGUAUGUAUACCUUAUUGUAUAUACUCAGUGGUAGUCAAUCGAGAACCAAAAGAGGUUACAGACUUUAUUUAUUUUGAUGCCGAGACCAUUGAAUAUAAUUCUGUUACUAGUAAGUCUGAUGUCAAAAUGGAUUUGACUGUGAUUUAUCCUUCCCAAUCUUCUCGGUUUAAAUAUUUAGGCCCUUCGGGUUCAAAUAUUAAACUAUGGUCUACAUAUUUUAUAUCAGGUCUCUUUAAAUUUUCUAAAACCAGAAAAAUGAUAAUUGAAGCUACUGAUAUCGAUUAUCUAAAAACUUUAUCUAUCAAUAUUAUCACAUCUGAAAGCUUUUCUUUGAUGGUAUCUGAUAAGCCAUCAAUUAUUGAUAUUAUUGAUGAUAAUAUCGAUUUGACUGUCACCCAACCAAAGCAACGUGUUAAAUCUUCUUCAAGUUCUCAAGAUAUUAACCAGCCGUUUGAUACAAAUAUUCACAAUCAAAAAACUGCAGAAUUAGAUGAGGAUGCAAAUUUACAAGAUGAUAUUGAAGAUCUUGAUGAAGAAGCUCAACCUAAAAAAAAAAGAAAGUUUGCUAGAGGAAAACUAAAUGAAAAAAGUAAAAAAGUAGGGAAAAAAUAG